AUGCCUGCGCCCAAAGAGCUGGUCCCCAGGGUUCUGGCCGAGGGCCUGUACUUUGGCGAGUCACCGCGGUACCGUGACGGCAAGCUGUAUAUCAGUGACAUGACAGGGCGCAAGAUCUACGCCAUUGAUGAGCAUACAGGCAAGAAGGAGGUGUUCCUCAACAUGGAGAACCAGCCAAAUGGCAUGUGCUUCUUGGACGACGGCUCCCUCAUCUGCUCGUCCAUGUUUGACGCCAAGCUGUACCACGUUAAGGACGGCAAGUCAACUCUGUACGCCGACAUGAGCCACGUUAUGACGGGCUACUGCGGAGACAUGGUCAUCGAUAAGGCAGGGAGGGUUUUUCUUGACGACAGCGGAGCGCGCGUGCUGCAUGGCGAGAAGCCGGGCCCCGGUCGCCUUCUGCGCAUCGACCCGGACCGGAGCGUCAACAUUGCCGAGGAGAAGAUUUUCUUUCCCAACGCGCUUUGUAUCAGCCCCGAUGGAAAGUCGCUCUACAAUGCCGAGUCAUUUGGCUACGGCCUCCUAAAGUUUGACCUGGCGGAGGACGGGACCCUGAGCAACCGCCAAGAGGUCUGGACGCCUGCUACCCUGGCGGGUGAGAGGGGCGCGUCGGCUGAGUCUAUGAUUGGUAUUGACGGCGGCUGCAUGGACGCUGAGGGAGGCAUCUGGCUCAGUCUGCUAGCCCUCGAGCAAUUUGUGCGUCUCGACCCGGACAGCGGAGAGAUUACGCAUCGCAUCAAGGUCUCCGGCCACGCUGUGUGCUGUACCCUCGGCGGCGACGACGGCAAGACGCUAUUUCUGGGUGUCAACUGGACACCGCCGGACGAGAACCUGUUCAAGGCCAUGGUGGCUCUAAAGACGCGCGGUACCGUCUUGAGUGUGCGGGUGGAUAUUGCCCACGGUGCGGCGCGUCCUUGA